UUAGAAUCUCUCUACUAAAUUCUAGAACGGCAGAGUACUCGGGCUAGAAAUUACCGUACACGUGUAAAACAAUAACAGGCUUUGUCAAUUUAAACAUACUGAUAUGUGGUCCGAACACGUAGUCCGGUUCGAAACAACGAAUGUGUCUUUCACAGGUGGACUCCUAACGACCUAAGUUGCUGGUGGUAGUUGUCGGUGUAAUUCUACCGUGUCGCCUUGACCUAGACAUUGCUUUAAUCACCAGAGCGUGACCGCGCGUCGCACAGUCAGAUCUACUGCAUGCCGAGUGAUACGACACAGAUCUGCAGCUUUGUGUGACGCAGGACGGUUUUAUAAAUUGAUUUGUCAACUCCGGACAACACUUGUGACAUGGACGCAUCAGAAAACUGCAACUUUAUAAAGGUUGGUAACAUCGGCGCACCCCACGGCGCACAUACACACCAACAUGGCGCUGGACAUGACCACGCCCACGAACAUGGUCACACCCACGAGGUGUUAGAUGACCCGGGACUCUACACUGCCAGGGAGCAGCCAUUGUACAGAACUGACUGGAAUCAUCGAGCCUUCACGGUGGGGAUUGGUGGCCCGGUGGGGUCGGGGAAGACCGCCCUUGUGUUAGCUCUUUGUGAACAGUUACGAAACAACUACGGAGUCUGCGUUGUUACCAACGACAUUUUCACUAGAGAGGACUGGGAGUUUCUCGUUAGAAACAAAGCUUUGCCGGAGGAACGGAUGAAAGCGGUGGAGACAGGGGGGUGUCCUCAUGCCGCGAUACGUGAGGAUUACUCACUAAACAUGGAGGAGGUUAAAGAUCUCACUAAGACAUUUAAACCACAGAUUGUGUUUAUUGAAUCAGGGGGAGACAACCUGGCCGCCAAUUUCAGCCGAGAAUUGGCAGACUACAUCAUUUACGUCAUUGACGUUGCAGGUGGAGACAAGAUUCCCCGGAAAGGAGGACCUGGCAUUACCCAGAGUGACUUACUCGUUAUAAACAAAACUGACCUGGCGCAGGCAGUCGGAGCUGAUUUGAAGGUGAGGUAACCAACAGAUGAAAACAACAACCAAUAAAACAAGAAACAUUGUGCACAUGUGAUGGAACAUGACGCAGCUCUAAUGAGACAAGAUGGCCCCACUAUAUUCGCCCAGGCAAAGCAUUUCAUUGGAGUAGACAAGAUUGCGGAUCUUAUAUUGCACGCAUACAAAACUCAGACGAGUUGAAACAUCAACCAAAUAUUUUUACAUGUAUUGUCAGUCAUCGUUUAAUAGAACUUGUUUGAAAUAUU